GGAAAAUGUCUGGCGCCAUACCUUUUGGCCUCUUUCCAUGCUCGAUUUUCUUCAAGAACAAAACCAGAAGAAUCAGUGUCUCUGCAACUGGGAUCCCAUCUGUUCAUCCACUAGGAAAAAAAACCGGGAACCAGCAGAUUGAUGGAGAUCUGAAGGUAGAUUCUGAAUCUCUAACGGGAUUGUCAAAUUUUAAAAAAGGAUAAAUAGCGGAACCCCGAGUUAGCCGCGGGUGUAUAGUCGGGUACUGUUAUGCCAGAAGGUGGAAGCAACUUCGCUCUAUCCCGCUCUGUUGCCAAUUUUGACCAGUAGUUUACGCGACUCAGAUUCUGGGAGAGCCUUGAUUUUUCUUUACUUCGAUGAACAGUGGCUGGAAAGUCAGCUACUUGCUUUUGUCGUGUAUGAAUGAGAUACAUGCAUAUGUACUUGUGUAGUUCUUGAAACAAGCAAUUGCUGUCUUCUAUUAUUGAACUGGAGGAGUCGUCCCAUGUAACAUCGUUUUCUCCGAUGGAUCUGUGGCUGCUCUCUUGGGUUCUCUCCUUCCUGUUGGUCCUUUCUUUAUGUUCAUCCGCGGAGCUGUCUUCUCUGCGAAAAGGCUCGUUUCUGUCUGUCGAGAAACCAGACGAUGUGUUGAUUUCCCCAAAUGGUGUUUUCUCCGCUGGUUUUUUCUCCGUCGGAAUUAACGCUUUCUGCUUUGCCGUGUGGAUUAAUGAAUCCAAGGAUCGCACGGUGGUGUGGAUGGCAAAUCGCGAUGAACCCGUCAAUGGAAUAGGCUCUAAGCUUUCGCUACUUAAAACAGGUGAGCUAAUCUUGACGGAUGGAGUUCGAAGAACCCAAUGGACCACGGGUACUGCCUCACAUUCUGGAGUUGAUCUACUCCUGCGCAAUAAUGGAAAUCUUGUUUUGGUUACUUCAGGCUCAGAGAAAAAGGACCUAUGGCAAAGCUUUGAUUCUCCAACAAACACCCUUCUUCCUGAACAGGUUUUAACCAAGGAUAGAUUCCUUAUCUCGUCAAGAAGCUCGACCAACUAUUCUUCUGGUUAUUACAGGCUUUAUUUUGACAACGAUAAUGUCCUCCGUCUUCUCUAUAACAUUCCUGCAACGACCAGUGUCUACUGGCCUGACCCAUGGUUAAUGCCUUGGGAAGCUGGCAGGUCUACAUACAACAACAGCAGAGUUGCAGUACUCAACGCUCUUGGCUGCUUCGCAUCAUCUGAUGAUUUCAAGUGCUUUUCGGCAGAUUUUGGAGUGAAAAUUCUAAGACGACUGAUGCUUGAUCCUGAUGGUAAUCUUCGAAUUUACAGCCUGGUAGGUACUAAUAAGACUUGGGUUAUUUCGUGGCAGGCCAUUUCUCAACCAUGUAAAAUUCAUGGCAUUUGUGGAGGUCACAGUAUGUGCAGUUAUGACCAUGUUAAAGGAAGGAGAUGCUCUUGCUUGCCUGGUUACAGGUUCAGGAAUGUUGCUGACUGGACUCGCGGAUGUGAGCCGGAUUUCAACGUUAACAGCGAAUUAGACACAUUUGAUUUCAAGCGACUUCCACAUGUUGAAUCUUUUGGCUUUGACAAAGGUGGUUUUUCUAAAGCCACUUUGGAAGAAUGUAAAAAGACAUGCUUGAAUAUGUCUUCUUGCAGAGGUUUUGCAUUUAAGUUUGGCAUGUCCAGUGGUCAUCAAUGCUACCCCAAGACACGUUUAUUUAAUGGAUACAUUUCACCCAGUUUCUCAGGGGACUUGUAUGUAAAAAUGCCAAAAUCUGAACUGAAUUCUGUCAAAGAGAUCAACAUAGACACACGGCUAAAAUGUUCGGGAGAAUUGGUUGUGCUAGAUAGAACGUAUUUGCCGGCUCGUGUAAAUUGGUCCCUGAGGUUUUUGCUAUGGUUUGCUUCUUCAGUGGCAGUCUUUGAGAUUACCUGUGUACUUCUGGUACGGUGUUUCUUGUUUAGAACGGAGAGAGCCUCUGAAUCUGAAGCAGUGAAACAAGGUUAUGCUUAUGCUGCAACAGGGUUUAGAAGGUACACCUAUGAUCAACUAAAAAAGGCAACGAGGGGUUUUAGUGAAGAAAUUGGUAGAGGAGGAGGUGGGGUUGUAUACAAGGGAGUAUUGCCUGAUAAUCAAAUAGUGGCAAUCAAGCGGCUCAAUGAUGCCAAUCAAGGAGAAGGGGAAUUCCUCGCAGAAGUGGGCACUAUUGGUAGGCUUAAUCACAUGAACCUUAUAGAAAUGUGGGGGUACUGUGCGGAAGGAAAGCACAGGCUUUUGGUUUAUGAGUUCAUGGAGCAUGGAUCUGUAGCAGAUAGACUUGCUUCCAAUUCAUUGAACUGGGAGAAGAGGUUCAGUAUAGCCGUGGGAACGGCAAAAGGAUUGGCUUAUUUACACGAAGAAUGCCUGGAGUGGGUUCUGCAUUGUGAUAUAAAGCCUCAAAACAUCCUGUUGGACUCUGAUUACCAACCAAAGGUAGCGGAUUUUGGUUUGUCUAAGCUGCUGAACAGAGGUGGCACUAGCAUGAAUGGCUCAAGCUUCUCGAGGAUAAGAGGAACCAGAGGUUACAUGGCCCCUGAAUGGGUGUACAAUCUACCAAUCAAUUCCAAAGUGGAUGUAUAUAGCUAUGGGAUUGUGGUAUUGGAGAUGGUAACUGGUAAGAGCCCAAUUGGCUUCCACUCUCUUGAUGGUGGAGGGGUGACAGAACAUGGAAGAUUGGUACCUUGGGUGAGGGAGAAGGUGAAUGGAGCUGCUACAAGAGAAUCCUGGAUGGAAGAAACAGUAGACCCUUUGCUGGCUGAUGAUUAUAAUGUUGAUAGGAUGGAAUGUCUGGUGAGAGUAGCAUUGAAAUGUGUGGAAGAAGAUAAGGAUUCAAGACCUACCAUGAGUCAAGUUGUACAGAUGCUUCUGCAGAAUGAGGGCAAAUUUUUACACGAUCCACUUGGAGCUGUAAAGAAGCCAUAGUACCUUGUGCUUGAUUUUAACCAUGGUGAUGCCAGGACUGCUUGUCAUGUUUGUUGCGGAGAGUAGCUUCUGCUUUUUCUUUAUAUGUUCGUAAAAUUGUAUUAGCUAGCUCAAUAUAUGCUUCAUGACACUUGGAGUCACGUGUAAAUUUUCAUACGACUAUAUAUAGAUCAAAAGCUGUCCUUUUUAUCAUCUUUGCCUAGGCUCCAAAUAGACAUUUCGAUAAUGUUUACAUUAACCAUGUUGAGCACCAACUUCACCCUCCAGUCUCUACCCAUACCAUCUUUCCUUCUGUGUCACGUAUGACUAUGAAGGUGUGAAAUAAAAUCUGAAUACCCUGUUAGCUA